AUAACAAAGGAAAAUAAUAUAUUAUAUUAUGUAAGUGUUAUAUUAAAAUGAAUUACAUAUUUUAAAAUUAUCGCGCGCUAAUUAUUGCGACCAAUUAGGUCGCUUUAACUGAAUAGGUUAUGUUCAUUUCCACAACGUAACAGCUGUUCUCUAAUCUAAAAGGAUAAUAAAAAACUUAAAGGAGAUUCGAAAUUUAUUUCCGUUUUGUGUAAAAUAGUGUUGUAAUGAUUAAUUUUUUGUAUAUAUGCAAUUUAAACAUUUUCAAAGUUUGUGUUUUUGAUAAAUAAGAUUUAUAUGUGUAAUAUAAAAUUUAAAUAUUAGCGCUUAUUUUUGACGAAAUCAACAUCAGCUCCACCUGUACAUUUCUAAUCUCAAGAUAUGUUUCGCCCUUCUAUUAAAAUUUUACAUUCCCCAUGCUUUUAAUUAAAAGUUUGAUUUUUUCGAGAGUUAACGACAUAUCCAUUCCACCUUUUUAUGUCAUGUAUUUUUUUAGAAAGGACUUGUGAAAAGUGAAGCGUCUUGUGUGUCUCAUUUGCAGCAGUAAAUUCUCGUCGUGAACCCGGAUUUUCCAACAAAAAAAAUGAAUGGCAAGAAACAAAGGGGUAGACCCAAGAAGGAUCAAGAAACCGGCUAUCGAAAUCAAGUGAAGGACAUGGCGAAUAAAGGUUUACCGACCUGGCGAAUAAACUAACUGAGGAGCAAAGGAAAUCAAGAAAUAAGGCUAAAAAGGAGAGAGUGAAAGCAGAGAAGGAGAAGAAAAAAGAAGAAAUUAAAGAGAAAGAAAGGCAAGAGAAGGAAGCCAGAAGUAGAAGGUCAGAGGAGAGGAAGAAGAGAGAGAAAAAUAAGAUGGAGGAAGCGAAUGAUAAACAGGAAACAGGCGAAAAUGAAGACAUGGAAGAGGCAGAGCAAAAUGGAAAAAAGAAAGACGAAAAGAAAGAGGAGGAAGAGCAAAAUGGAAAAGAGGAAGACGAAAAGAAAGAGGAGGAAGAGCAAAAUAGAAAAAAGGAAAAAGAGAAAGUUGAAAAUUUAGAAAUAAAUGAAACUAAUAUCGAAAAACUGACUGAAGCACUUAACAAUCAUCAGCAUCAGUUUUCGAAAAUGUUAAAGUCAUUUUUAUUGUCAACCAAAAAUGAAGAGAAAAAAGAGAAAGAGGAAAAAGAGCAAGAGGAAAAAGAGAAGGAGAAAAAAGAGAAAGAGGAAAAAGAGGCUAUGAUAAGAGAGAGGAAGAGAAAAGAGGAAGAGAUUAAAGAGAGAGAGAGGCAAGAGAGGAAGAAGUCUGAAGAGGAGAGAAUAAAAAAACGAAAAGAGAGACAAGAGCGAGAAGAAAGAGAGAGAAACAAGAGAGAAGAGGAAAUAAAAAGACGUGAAGAACUCCUCAUUCGCGAAAGAAGUAUUAUUCUUCGAGAGCAGAACUUGCUGAACAUGCAAUCAACAUUUUUUCAAUCGUCGAUGCAAGCAAGCGGACGAGAACGUGGGCGAAGAGGACGUGGACGUGGUACAGGUAGAGGACAAUUUGUCUCUCGAUUCAUGCCCAAUAACCAAUCCCAGCCGUACGAUCGAUCCCAGCCGUACAACCGAUCCCAGCCGUACGAUCGAUCCCAGCCGUACAACCGAUACCAGCAGUACAAUCGAUCCCAGCCGUACAAUCGAUCCCAGCCGUACAACCGAUCUCAGCCGUACAACCGAUCCCAGCCGUACGAUCGAUCCAGGCCAUACGACAGGUUCCAGCCGUAUGACAGAUUCCAUUAGCUUAACCUCAUUUUUUGCGUUCAACGCACGUUUUGACAUUUGUUCAUUUUUGAAUUAGAUUUCGUUUUAUAAUUUCAUUCGGUUUUUGUUCUCUGAACAUUAAAAUAUCAUCAAUUUUUGUUGUGUUAAACUACAAGGAAACAAUGUUUUUUUAAAAUUGUCUGUAACUAUUCAAACCCUGUAAUAAACAUAAUUGCUUUAUUAA